AUGCAAGCCAGCAGCCAGCCCUUGCCGUGCCUAAUCGGGAUCCCGGGAGGCCAACUUCAAGACCGUAUCAAACAAUGUGACCGCAACGUCUCUCUUGCGGAUUCGGAUUUGCAUGUCAAAUUGGUUGUCGAUGGCAGGUGGCUCAUCCGGUUGAACCGCCCAGCACGCCACGCAAAGGCCAGCAAAGCGUUCGAGGUUGUUCCGCCUCUGAGUCGACUAUCCACGAGUCGGAGGUUCGAAACACGCACAGAAACAUCUCCCGACCUGGCGAGCCUGGCCUCGUCUGCCAACUCGCUCGCUCGGCGCACCGGCUCGUGGAGCGCGAUCGUCACGACACAUCACUUGUCGGAAAGGGCGAAUUACGCUUAA